CUGAUAUAAAGAGGGAGGCAAAGGCUCGCUGACGUGGACUCGGUGAUACAUCCUCUCAACUUUCCUUUCUUUUCAUGUACACUCUUUGACAGACGUCUCUACCACACUCUUUUCUGUGUCAUUUUUUGUUUCUUUCGUUCCUUUUCGCUUUUCUAUCGCCAAAUCGGCACGGCACCAUGCUUGUCGACAAACUCUCUCUUUUUGCCGCCGUGGGCCUGGCGCCCCUGCUCGCUGCUGCGCAGUUGAGCGGCUCUGUUGGACCUUUGACCUCGGCCAGUACUAAGGCUGCCACCAAAACCUGUAAUGUUCUCGAUUACGGAGCCAAGGCGGACAAAUCCACCGAUCUGGGCACUCCCUUGGCCUCUGCCUUUGCCGACUGCAAGACGGGCGGCUUGGUUUACAUCCCCGAGGGUGACUAUGCGAUGUCCACCUGGGUCAAAUUGGCCGGAGGUUCAGCCUGGGCCUUGCAGCUGGACGGUACCAUCUACCGUGACAGCACGGAGGGGGGAAACAUGAUCAUGAUCGAGCACACCAGCGACUUUGAGCUCUUCAGCAGCAACUCUAAGGGUGCCAUCCAGGGUCUGGGCUACGAGCUACACAAGGAUGACAACUACUCCGGCCCACGCCUGCUGCGCGUGUGGGAUACUACGGAUUUCUCGGUUCACGAUAUCAUUCUGGUCGAUUCGCCUGCUUUCCACUUCUCAAUCGAUACUUGCACCAAUGGUGAAGUCUACAACAUGGCCAUUCGUGGUGGCAACCACGGUGGUCUUGAUGGCAUUGACGUGUGGAGUGACAACAUCUGGAUCCACGAUAUCGAAGUGACGAACAAGGAUGAGUGCGUUACGGUCAAGAGCCCGGCACACAACAUCCUGGUCGAGAACAUCUACUGCAACUGGAGUGGUGGCUGCGGUAUGGGCUCCUUCGGAACCGAUACCAACGUCACCGAUAUCACCUACCGUAACAUCUACACCUGGAACUCGAACAACAUGAUGUUGAUCAAGAGCAAUGGUGGAAGUGGAUUCAUUGAGAACGUUGUCCUUGAGAACUUCAUUGGGCACGGUAACGCCUACUCCCUCGAUAUCGACAGUGCGUGGGCCAGUAUGAGCACUGUGGAGGGCGACGGUAUCCAGAUGAGCAACUUCACGAUCAAGAACUGGAAGGGUACUGAGGAAUACGGUCUGACCCGUGGACCCAUCAAGAUGAUCUGCCCUACCGGUGCUCCUUGCUACGACAUCACCAUUGAGGAUUUCGCGAUGUGGACUGAGAAGGGCAGCGUGCAGUGGUACUCCUGCCAGAGCGCCUAUGGAUCUGGAUUCUGUCUGAAGGACAGUGACGACCACGCCGCCUAUUCCGCUUCCACCACCACUGUGAGCUCCGCUCCCUCGGGCUACUCCGCGACCACGAUGGCCGGCGAUCUGACUGCGGCCUUCGACACCACCCUUUCUAUUCCUAUCCCUACCAUCCCCACUUCCUUCUACCCUGGCGCUACUCCCUACAGCGCCCUGAUGUCCUUGUCCUCUUCUGGCGCUAGCCACGGUACCCCUGCGACCAGCGCAGCUCGUGCUACUAGCUCGGCUACCAGCUCGGCUACCAGCGUUGUGAAGUCUUCUUCGUCCUCCACCUCGGAGUACGUUGCGGCCACCAGUGCUGCUGAGUUUGUUGCCACCACCGCUGUGAGCAGCGCUCAAGAACAGAUUACCAGUGCCCCCAGCUCGUCCAGCUCCUCUAGCAAGCACCACCAGGGGGGUCAAUGGCAGCAGGGACAGGGAUGGGGCCAGUCUCAGGAGGAGGAUGUGGGUGGCUGCAACGCUUAGGAUGUUAGAUCGAUUUCCAACUUCUGCUAUGAAAUGAGGUUAGCAGCCUGGUUGCACAGCAAUUGUCCCGAAAAAGUUGACGGGGAGGGAGAAUCUGCAGUAGUCAAGUGACUCAGCAAGCCUGUCCUACUUAGUAUAAUAUAACAUCUAGCAUAA